GCUUGGUAACCCGGUGCCCGCGGUCUGCUAGAUGGCUCAGUGUCCGCUGAUGUGCCAGGUGAUUCGGUGCCUGCUGACUUGCCAGAUGACUCGGUGCCCGCUGUCGUGCCAGAUGACUCGGUGCCCGCUGUCGUGCCAGAUGACUCGGUGCCCGCUGUUGUGCCGGAUGACUCGGUGCCUGCUGUCGUGCCAGAUGACUCGGUGCCCUCUGUCCGAUGCCCAGCCUGACCAGGAAACCCAGCCAGCCGGUUGACUCCGGCAGUAGGAUAUUCAGCCAGUUACCUGACCCGGGCGGU